AUGUUUGACUGUGACAUCAUUCAGCAGCUAGAGGAUAUUGUCAAGUCGUCUACUGCAAACGAGGCUGUCCGAUAUCCUCCCUGGCGCUGGCGUGACUGGAAGACUUUCUUGUCUACAUCUUUUAAAGCAAUACCCGGGAUAAGGAAGUACCAGUACUUCAGGUUCGACUCAUCGAGGCUCGGCACGGUUUUCGCGAAGAAAGCAACGGACCUACCAGAGGAAGAGUUCUUCAUCAUGAAACACAGGAAACUCCCCUCGGCAGAAACGUGCUUAAUUAAACCGGCAGGGCUAUCAGAGAAUCGCGUGAAAUAUCUUUACAGAACUGUCCGACCAUUUGUGCGACCAUGUUAUCAGGACAUUACCUGUCCAACACCCACAGACUGAUUGCAUGUGAUUACAUUAUGUAUCAAACAUCAACCUAAACAGUUAUUUUAAUCCAUGCGCGUGUUAAUGCAGGGUUUUCCAACAAGUUAUUGUAAUAUUUGAAUUAGUGUUUGAUAUUGCGAACUAUUUACAUGCUGUUAACGUCAUGAAUGUGUCAUUCCGAUUGAAAAUGAUGCGACGUCAACAUCUUUGUUGAGUGAUAGUAUGCGUAUAUAAUGUUGUCAUAGCAACGCUAAAUAGUGGCGUACACAUGUAAUUUAUACAUCAUUGGAUUCGUGGAUGAACAUACAAUAUGAAACUGAAAAAAACG